AUGGUAGAACUUUCUCCAAGGAAAAAUACUAAUAAUCUACUGACAGAUAUCAAUUAAACUUAACCUUUAAAUAAUAAUACUCAUUCCAACAAACAGUACUCUAAUGCUCUAUAACAAAGAGCAUAGAACACUAUUCCCGAUGAUAUACGGAACUUGCCUCCUCAGUGGUUCUCAAACGAAGUAAUACUUCAACCAGCUAAUCAGCAAGAAAUCAAAGCUUAUUCUAAUCCAGCAGUGAAGCUGGUAAAUUCUUCUGUAAUCAAUCAAAGUGUAUCGCUCGAAAAAGGUAAUUUUCUGAACAUCCAGGAGAAUCCUGAAAUAAGAUAUCGAACUGGAUUAACACUAUUAGAUUCACCGCCGUAGAUAAAGCAAAGUAACGCGCAAUAAAAUAAGUCAUCAAAGAAUUGUAGUAAGGGGAAUAACACAUUAAUUCUAGGCAAGGUAGCAUCAACUCACGCAAACAUUAAUAGCAUCAUCGCUGGCACAUAAAUUAUGAGAAGGGAUAGAAAGAUGGAGAAUCUUAGGAAUGAAUCAAAUAAGAGGUCUGUCCUAAAGAAGCAGUAUAAGAACUAGGAUAUCUAGACUUAAACAUAGUCAGUCUAAACUUUGAGUACCACAGAAUAGAAUUUAUUAAGCAAUCCUCAACUUAUUAAUCAUAACGACAGCCCUUCACCUCCAAAGCGAAAUCUAAGCAUUAAAAAAGAACUGAGUAAUGCUCACAUUCAUAAUAACAUCAAAGAGAUAGCUGCUCAACAUCAGUAAAAGUAUUAGUAAUAGUAGUUCGAGCUAAAAGCACCUUCUGAUAACAUAAUAAUACCUCCCCUAUUCUAAAAAUUAAUAUAAAAGCUUGGAAUUAAAUCAGUUGAAAAUGGAUUUGAACAUUCCCCAUAGAAAAAAUCAACUAAACAUAACAAUAAUAAUCUCAAUUCAACUUUUCAAAGCUAUAGAAAUUACACUCGGAGUACUUAGCUUUAUUUUAGAGACUACCAGCUCAAUUAGGGAUAGACAAUAUUCUUGCCAGAGAUGAGAAAUGAUAAGAAUAAUAGGCAAAGAACAAGAAAUUACUUGAAUAAGACCGUGGAUGGUAAUAACAGUUAGCCAAUCGACUCUAAAAUCACCCCAAAUAUGAUGAACAGCAAGGAAUACUGGAGACUCAUUUAAAAUAGAGCCUAAUCAAACAUUAAUUCAUAGCGAAGAAGCGAUAAAACUCCCCCCAAGUAAGUAACACCAAACAGAACAGCGCUUCAGGAUUAAAGUGGCAACAAAUCUAACGCAGCAGGUUACUAAUAAAUCAGCUUGAAAGAAAUGAUCUUGAAUUUGAGUCAGCAACCCAAAAACCCACCAGCUAUAAAAAAUGUUUACCGAGCUAACCCAAAGAAUUUUGGGUAAAUAAAUAGUCCGACACAAAAUUUUCAAUUAUUCUAGCAUUUGAAAGAAAGUUCAAUAAAUUCAGGCAGAAAGAGUAAAAAUCCAAGUAAGAUUUACCAAAGAGGGGAUGCUAGAAAAAGCUUAUCUGUGAGUGAAGACGAGGAGGAUGAAGCCGGCAUGGAUGAUGUGCUGAGACAUAUGAAACAUAACUAUAAUUGA